AUGGGUCAGGACGAAUCCCUUCCUGCAAUUCCUCCAGAUCAAGUUGAUUUAGCACUGCAAAGGAAGAAGCUAACACAUCUCCCAUACUUUCUUCCAUCAGAUUCCACUGUUCAAUCGAUAGAUUGCUCAAAAAACAAAAUAUCGCAGUUUCCACUAUCAUUACAGAAUAUUUUAUCGAUUAAUUUAUCAGACAAUAACCUUGGUGCUAUUUUUGCUGAUAAAAACGACUUAAUUUUCGAUUAUCCAAAUUUAAAAACUUUAAUUUUAACAGAAAAUUCGAUCGAAAAUCUUCCAUCAUCACUCAAAAAUAUCAAAAGUCUUACUGAUUUGUAUUUGGACCGAAAUAAACUCACAGAAGCCGAUUUAGAUUUUCCAAAUUUGGAAACUCUUAAUCUUCUGAUGAAUUUUUUCACGGAAAUACCAAAAUUACCAGAAUCUCUUACAUCCUUGAACCUUGGCUUUAAUAAUAUCCGAACUCUUUCGUUAAGUUUACCAAAUCUUCGUGUUUUGAGUUUAUCCGGAAAUGAGAUCUCCAAAAUUGAUCCUUCCAUAUCCUUCCCUAAUUUGGUCCAUUUGGAUCUCUCUUUCAAUAAGAUUUACUCCAUUCCGCCAAUAACUUCUUUCGCUCCGAAGUUAGAAGAGCUUCUGAUAGCUUUUAACAUGCUAGAAGAGUUCCCUACACAUAUACCCUUGGAAAUAAGAAGAAUCGAUGUUUCCCAUAACGUAAUUAGCAAAUGGGAAGAUCCGAUUUGUCAUUUGGUCCAAUUGACAUCCCUUGACAUUAGUUUUAAUCUAAUAACAGAAGUACCUGAAUUGCCACCAAAUAUAGAGAUAUUUACCCCUCAUAAUAAUGAAAUUCGAAAAGUUUAUCCGAUUACAGCUCCAAAACUCAAAAAAGUCUUUUUCUCGUCAAACAAACUCGCUAAAGUACCAGAUACUAUCGAAAGCUCCCUUGAUAUCUUCAGUUUGGAGAGAAAUUCAAUCGAAAAUAUCGAUUGUUCGAAAAUUUCAACAAAUAUCAGAAAAUUAUCACUUACACAUGGAUUUAUUGGCGAAGUACCACCAGAACUUUGCACAUUCAAGGUUCUACAGUUCUUAGAUUUGUCUGGAAAUCAUAUAGUUAAACUUCCAGACGAAAUCGGCGAAAUUCUUAAUCUACAGACAUUGCUAUUAAACGAGAACCCAAUAUCUUCUCUUCCACAGCUUCCAAAUUCAUUAGUUACUCUUGCAUGUUGCAAAUGCCAGUUCCAUGAGAUUCCUGAUUCCGUUCACCACCUACACAGUCUCAAGUGCCUUGAUUUCUCAUGCAAUAGAAUCAAAUCCAUAUCAAAUCUCCCAGAAGUUCCUUAUAUUAACAUUUCAUGCAAUUUAAUUUCAUCGUUGCCUACUCUUCCUGUUUCCAUUGUCAAUAUCCAUGCAUCACAUAACAAACUACGCAAGUUUAUCCUCGAAAAAGACUACAAACUCCUUCAGGAGAUUGAUAUCUCACAUAACCGACUUACACAAGUAGUUUUGAGGCAGUUAGAUAUGCUCAAGUCCUUAAAACUUGCUUUUAAUCCUCUGAAAAUCGAGAUAGAUUUCUCAAAAUUCCCGAUGAUCGAUUGUAUCGACGUUGUUCAAACAGAAUGCACUUUUUCGGCUACAUCGGCUCCACCAACAAAAAUGCGCGAACUCGUUUACCAUGAUCCCGAGUGGUUUUCGAGAUUAACAUCUGCGCAAUUCAAACUCUUCGAAUGUCAAAAAGCAGGGUACAGCGAACAGUGCGGAAUCAGGCCGAGCAUGGAAGAUGCCUUAAUUAUCAGAACAGACCCUUCUCCGGCCAUUUACGGAGUUGUUGACGGACAUGCCGGGUUUAGAACGUCCAAUUUAGCGGCUUACCUGCUUCCCAUGUACUUUGCCAAGCACGACAACAAGAGCGUUAGCGGAAUGGCCGAAGUUAUUCGAAAAUUAAACGACCAAUUAAGGAAAUUAGAGGUAAAAGACGGCGCAACGCUUGUUGUGACCAUAGUAACACCAACAGAGAUAGGAUGCGCCCACGUAGGAGACGCCAGAGCCUUGGUUGUCCGAAAAGAUGGAACCAUCGCGCAAUUGACAUCCGACCACAAGGCCACUGACCGCACAGAAUUCGAUAUCGUCAAGGAAAACAGGGCUUAUUUGAGCGCUGGUCGAUUAAUGGGCACAUUAGCCGUAUCUCGAGCAAUUGGAGAUUUUGCCAUUGACGGAGUCAUGAGAGUUCCAUCUAUGACAGCUUAUACGAUGAAAAAGAACGAUUUUAGAUUAGUUUUAGGAUGCGACGGAAUAUUCGACGUAAUGACCAACGAAGAAGUGGGAAGAAUAGCUGCCGAAGUAAGGGAUAUGCAUUUGGCUGCUGAUACCAUUAAGAAUAUCGCAUUCGCAAGAGGAUCUCAAGAUAAUUUGUCUGUUGUUGUUGUUGAUAUAGAACAGGAGGAAUAA